CAAUGCCAAAUGGUUUUUGUCAGAUCUAACGCUUAAUGACCGAAUGAAGUGUAUAAACUUUGUUAAUAGAAUUAGUCUCAUAAAGCACAAAUAUAUGUAAAUAUUUGGGAGAACGACAUUCAGGAUACUAUGGCUCGAUUUUUACUUCAAACCCUCAGUUUGUCAAUUUUAAAAAAUGAUAAGAUUUGGUUAGUCCCAUCUACCCAUAUGUUACACCACAUAAGUUUACGCAAUACCAGCUUUUUUAACAGACUUCCUGCGGAAGAUAUUUGGCGUGGAGUGACUGCAGUUAGUAACGCUGGGAAAAAAAGAGGUCGUGGCAAGGGAAGUGGAAAGAAAGUAGCCAAAGACCUGAAUAGGGGGCAAACCAUUGGUUUCGGAAAAAAGAAUUGCCUAUGGCCCGGAUUAAAUUCUCCAGUGUUUCGUGGAAAUGAGCUCAUCCAUCAACAAAAAAUUGUUGAAAACAAUGAAAGUGAAUAUGGAGAUAAUAAAUUCCGUGAUUCGAUGGGAAAUUUCAGGUUGAUGAAACUAAAUCCGCUCGAUCGUGGAUGGUCUGGCAGUAAAAUGCCUGGACGAAGUAUUGGACCACCUGAUAAUGUUGGAGAAGAAGAAUUUACUUCAUUUGAUACCCGAGUAUUGGAAAACAAAAUUGUUUUUAUUAUGAAAGGAAAUAUGGGAAGAAAACGAAGGUAUUCUGUCUUGUCCGUCACUGGAAAUGGAAACGGCUUAGCAGGAUUUGCUACCGUAAAGGCUCCAGAAGUAAGAACUGCUCUUCGAAUGUCAAAAAAUCGAGCAGGCCAAAAACUUAUAAAUAUAAGUCUUUGCGAAAACAGAACUAUUUACCAUGACUUUUUUACAGCUUUUGGAAAAACCAAAAUCUAUUGUUUUCAAAAACCUGAUGGAUACGGAUUAAUAUGCCAUCGGGCUAUAAAAACCAUUUGUAAAGUUAUAGGUAUAAGGGACUUGCAUGCCAAGAUUGAAGGAUCCACCAACUUACAACAUAUUGUUAAGGCAUUUUUUAUAGGUCUUAUGCGUCAAAAAUCGUUUCAAGAUAUUGCUACAGAAACAGAUUUAAACAUAGUUCAACAGCAAAAAGCAAAAGGUGAUUAUUCAGAGGUAAAGGGAAUUCCAUUUUGUAAGCCAGCGCCAAUCUCUAAAAUUCAAGACAUUGACUAUAUGCACUAUACAUUAGGCAAUAAAAUAGUGUUAAAAAAAAUUGAAGUUUCGCCAUAUUAUACUCACACGAAGGGGCAUGAACUUAAACAAGUUAAAGUGGAGCGAUUUCGAAAUCAAACAAAUGUUAGACUUAAUAAGCAAGUAAAUAUUUAUGUAUGAUCAAUUCUUCUUAAUAAAUUUAACAUUU